AAAGCAUCUUUCCUUCUCUUCGCCCGCCUCCCCUGGAUCCUCAGUUGAGCGCGGGCCGCUGCAACUUCUCGGUUCCCUGCCACCGUGUCGCCUCUAGUUUGUACGCGGCCCCGGGACAGCUGGGGGCCACCCCGCAGGGUUAGGGGUCUGGCGCGGAGCCCCGGCCAAGGCGCUCGGUCCCAGCCUGGGGGAGGCCCCGCCGUCCAGUCAUGCCCAAGAGGAAAGUGACCUUCCAAGGCGUGGGAGAUGAGGAGGAUGAAGACGAAAUCAGUGUCCCCAAGAAGAAGCUGGUAGACCCUGUGGCUGGGGUGGGAGGGCCGGGCAGCCGCUUCAAGGGCAAGCACUCUUUGGACAGCGACGAGGAGGAUGACGAUGAGGAAGGGUCCAGCAAGUAUGACAUCCUGGCCUCCGAGGAUGUGGAAGGUCAGGAGGCGGCCACGCUGCCCAGUGAGGGAGGCGUGCGGAUCACCCCCUUCAACCUGCAGGAAGAAAUGGAGGAAGGCCACUUCGAUGCCGAUGGCAACUAUUUCCUGAAUCGGGAAGCUCAGAUUCGAGACAGCUGGCUGGACAACAUUGACUGGGUGAAGAUCAAGGAACGGCCACCUGAUCAACGACCGCCGUCAGACUCGGAAGAGGAGGAGGGCCUGGGUCAGACGCCCAUGAGCGCUCAGGCCCUCUUGGAAGGCCUUCUGGAGUUACUCUUGCCCAGAGAGACAGUGGCUGGGGCACUGAGGCGCCUCGGGGCCCGGGGUGGAGGAGACAAACGGGGUAGCAAGGGACCGGGGCGGCCUAGCUCCCCCCAUCGCCUGGACCGCCUCUCUGGGUUGGCUGACCAGAUGGUGGCCCGGGGUAACCUUGGCGUGUACCAGGAGACCAGGGAACGGCUGGCCAUGCGACUCAAGGGACUGGGGAGCCGGCGCCAGGCAGCCCCUGACCCUACGCCCCCACCCUCCCUGGACAUGUUUGCCGAGGAAGUGGCCGUUGAGGAGCUGGAGACCCCGACCCCCGCUCAAGGAGGAGGAGAAGCGGAGUCUUCGGGAGACGGACUGGCGGACGUGAUGUGGGAGUAUAAGUGGGAGAACACAGGUGACGCCGAGCUCUAUGGGCCCUUCACCAGCAGCCAGAUGCAGACCUGGGUGAACGAAGGCUACUUUGCUGAUGGGGUUUACUGCCGGAAGUUGGACCCCCCGGGCGGACAGUUCUACAACUCCAAACGGAUUGACUUUGACCUCUACACCUGAGCCUGCCCAGGUCCCCGUCUGGCAAACCUCCCCCCCUUCUUUCUUGAACUUUGGAGAGGAGGCCCCUACCUGCUGCCUCAGCCGCUGAGGAUGUUGGGGUGUGUGGGGGGCACACUUCAGUCAGCUUCUUUUUCCCCCGAUAAAAGCCUGCAGUUCGGAUUAGGGCCCUGGCUGUGCUGAUGGCAGGAACCCAGUCGCUGUCUCUACAGCCCAGAGCUUCUGAUUUGCCUUGGCCCGUGAAGAUGUUCUUCCUGUUUAUUUUCUUACAUUUUUUUUUUUCCUUUUUUUCCCCACCAUGGUUAUCACUGGAGCUCCAAUGCAUGAUUCUUCCACUCCCAGCGAUCUCUUGCUCACUCCUUUUCUAGAUAGAGGGAGAGAGGGAAGCACCCCAACAUUGCUCCACCGUUCGUGAAACUUUCCCGUGUAGCUGUUCCCAUGUGGUGGCUGGGGGCUCAAACAUAGGUCCUCUCAGAUUGCAAACUCUGCUGUCUGGCAGCCAUCUGUCUCCCAACCCUGAGGUUUUUCUUUCGUGAAGUUUCUCCUGGGGAGUCUGUGGCUCCUUGAACCCCAUCUUCACCUUUGUCCACCAUCUCAAGGCUGCGCCCCCUCCCCCAUCCUCCAGCCCCCUGGGCCCACUGCUGUGUGCUCCUCUUGGGUCUCUGGUGUUUGGGAAUUUAAGUUCUGCCCAGGAUAGCGGCCUGGGAGCAGGCACAGUAGGUGGCGGCACUGGUCUUGGAAUCAUUAGGUCUCUAGUUAGCUUCCCAGCAUCCUUUGUGCCAGACUUAUGCUCUGGUUUGUUUCUCUUUUGUGUUAAUAAAGAAAUAAAAUCUUUAAGAAAACAAA